AUUUUAAAUAAAGAUGACAGACGUUGAUGAUGAUAUUCUGAUGAUUGAUGAGAAACAAGACACGUCAGAAUCUCCUGAAGAAGAAAAAUUCGAUGCGAAUGCAUACAUUUCGACACUCAUCAAGUUUAUGAAAUCUAUCGAUAAAAGCACUGAUAAAGAAUUUUCUGAAUUGGUUGCCAAGACAUGGUCACUUUCUUCCAGCACAAACAACUUUUACACAGAUUCUUUCACAAUGGAUUCGGGUAAUGUUUCGAAACUCAAUCCAAAUAUGCUGAAUCCACAAAAACGAAUUGCCGGAACUCAACGAUUGAUGUAUGCUCCUCCACAGAUUUUAAAUAAAUCUGGAUUUGUAAUAGACAAGUCUGGUGCUUCAUCGUCCUCUGCUCCUGGUGGAAUGAAGAAAUUGAAGAAACUAGUGCCAGUUAUUGACGAUUCAAUCUAUUGUACAAGUGAACAGCCCUGUGCAGUAUGCCACGGAGUCUCAUUAGCUGGAAAUCAAGUUCUCGCUUGUAGAAGAUGUCGAGAUUGUUACCACAUGGCAUGCAGUAUCCCUACAGUUUCGAUUGAAGAAGCAUCGGAACCUAGUUUCAAAUAUUACUGCAAAACAUGUCUCGUUUCAAAGAAAGUUAUAGACUCCAAUCGGUCACGAUCCCCAAGUCCAGCGAAACUUGAUGCGAAACGAAUGAAAAUGGGACGAGACAGAACGACAAAAUUGUGAAUUGAUUAUUCCACGAUCUAUUUAUAUUAAAAAUUAACCCUGUAUUUGAUUAAAACAAGCAUACACAAAACUUUUAUUUAUUCGAUGAAUUUUUGAAUGAAUGUAUGAUAAUUUAUG